GAGGCCAAUGAGCGUCUAAUGAGGGUGGAGCCUCACUCAGAAAUCUCCACCUACUCUUAAAAUGCUCUAUUUCUCGUAUCCAGCGGGAAGACUUAAAGAACAUCUUAACUCCGUAAAGUCAGUUGGCAUCUUGCCUCUCCGCGCACGCAAGACUCACGGCACUAUAAUCCCCUACGACUUAUAAGCGCGCGAGCGGGCUCACUCAUCUGGUACGAUACUAAUUGAAUUAUGAUUUAAAUACUUCAAUUAGUCGUGAAAUAUCUUGGUUGGCUAAUUCAAUUUGGGCAACCCUUGUUCGGGCAGGAUACCGACUUACACUGUUUAUAUACAGACAAAUUGCUUCUUUGCUUUAUAUACUUGCUGGGAUAAUAGCGUUGCUUCGGUGACCGUCGGACUUUACUUGAAUUUCAAAAAAAUCUUCCUCAAUCUCAUUUGUUGGUUGUCGAACAUUGAUAUCGUACAGGAUUUUUUGUGUGAAUGUGAAGACGAAGAAGAACGGACGGUUCCUGGUUUUUAAAAAGAAUAAAUAAUUCAGUUAUUCGUUAUGUAAAUUUUUUAAAUAUCGCACGUAUAAAAUUGCUUUUGCUGCAUACAAUUUAUUUGAAGAUGCUGAAUUCGGAUUCCAUCACAGAACACAGGGCGAAUAAUAGUGUAAUAGUGUCGCAAGUUGCGAACUCUCAUAUUCCUCAGGAUUUUACUGUAUCCAGAUUGCUCUCCACACCAGCGCAUUCCUUAGAAGAUUGCAACGAGAGUUCAUCGGGUAACGGAAGUAGAAGACCCAGAAGGAGCAGGACAACCUUUUCCGCACAACAAUUAGCUGCUCUGGAGAGGGUUUUCGAACGUACCCACUACCCGGAUGCUUUUGUCAGAGAAGAACUGGCUACCAGGGUGUCUUUAUCAGAAGCAAGAGUACAGGUAUGGUUCCAAAAUAGGCGUGCCAAAUUUCGCAGGAACGAAAGGAGCUCGGCUAUAAGCCGUGGAAUAUCCAAUACUAGGGAGAUGGAGGCUACUUUACCCCUGAGACCGAUCAGAGUCAGUCAUCCUCAUGAGAGUAAUCCUGAGAGUCUGCAACCACCUUCUCAGGUACCUCAGUAUCCGUACAGUGAGUACUGGAGGUCGCCUCAACAUUAUGCAGCCGUUCAGACAACCUCCAGCUGCCAUGGUUUCGUUAAUGGGAACCUGGGGAACAUGGGGAUACCUUCUUAUCAUCAGGCGGAUACCCACCCUGGUCUUGAUGGAACUUCUAUGAAUGGUCUCAAUGCAUUGCGGCUCAGGACACAUCCUUACGGUGCACCAUAUUCUGCAAUGCAUGCUAGUAUGUGACCAUCCUGACAGUCCUGGUUGACAACUUGAGACAUCUUUGACAGCAAGAAAAUGUCAAAAUAUAUUUAAAUUGAUACCAAAGAAAUAUUUUGAUGACUUUAAAAGUAAUUUACUUAAAUGGAUGGCUUUGAAGGAUUAAAGUUGUCGAUGAAACAGCUGUUUAAGAAUAAUGGUGCGAAGUAAUAAGGAGACUGACGCCAUUGUGACGCCGUUAAAGUCCAAUUAUCGGGAUGAUUCGUACACGAGUAUCCAAGACUGGAAUAUUAUUAUCUCGA